AUGCGUAGCGAUCACCAGUCCGCUGUGUCCCUCAGACACAGCGGAUCACGGAAAGAGCCGAAGAUGUUGGCUCGGUCAUGUGAUCAGCUGUGUCCAAUCACAGCUGAUCACAUGGCACUGAUGAUCAGUGUGCCCUGAUGAUCAGUGUGGCCCCAGAAGUGCCACCUGUCAGUGUCCAUCAGUGCCAGUGCCCAUCAGUGCCACGUGCCAGUGCCCAUCAGUGCCACAUCAAUGCCACAUAUCAGUGCAUACCAGUGCACAUCAAUGCCACAUAUCAGUGCCCAUCUGAGCUGCCUUUGUCACCCAUCAAUGCCAAUCAGUGCCACCUAUCAGUGCUGCCAAUCAGUGCUGCCUAUCAGUGCCAGUCAGUGCCGUCUAUCAGUGCCAGUCAG